AUGUAUCUUCUCCAAAAAGAUCGUGAAAUACAACAAUCUAAUCUGAUGAGAUCCCGUGAUUCACUGCUGAAAAAACUGAAGGAGGAAUUGAAGGAGAAACUGUCUCUUAACUUAACACUAUCGAACCAGUACAUCAAAACGCAAGAAGAACAAAGCAAAUUACUAUCAUUGUAUUUCUUAGCUCUUACUGAUUCUAUGUUAGAUCAAAUUCAGUUGUUCAAUGCUGAACAAGUUGCAGCAAUAUGCGCACGAAAUCUGCGUCAACGCGACUGUUGGGAACAGAGAUUACAAGCCAAACAAGAGAGAGAAGUCGAUAAUUUGUUCAAUCGAAACCGGGAUGUUAACCAACUGAUACAAGUAGCUGGUAGCCUGCAUAUCCCAGGAACGAUAUCUUUGAAGUGUAAAACAUGA